AUGGAGUCCUGCUUGAGUACUGAGGCACGUGACGAAAUAGAGAAGUUGAUGCCUGCGAAGGCACAGAGUGACAGUGAGCGAGAAGUUGCGUUUGCUACCAUGCAUGAGUAUUUGCGCAAGAACCAGUCAACAGCAUAUCCUCAGGACAAAGAGGCACCAUGCUACAAUCAUGCUUGCAAGAAGGGCUGCCGUGUCUGGCCUGCAAAGCCGUCCCCACAGACUUUCACCGUGUGGGUCGCAGGGCAGACGUGUAAGGACGUCUCGAGGAGGGGCUGCCGCCAGGGAUUCACAGGACCGAACACGAAGACCUAUCUGGUCUGGCUGGGAAUGGUCCGCAGCCAAGCACCCGAUAUGAUCACUCAUGAGAUCACUUGUUCCAAUGAAGCUCGUGACCGCCUGCAUGCGGACCUCUCCGAUCUGUAUGAGAUACAGACGGAGUCCCUCAGCCCGCAUGAGAUUGGGAUUCCUGUGAGCCGUGCCCGGCAGUUCUCAGUGUGUGUGCUACGUCGCCAGUUCACGAAUGUUGGGUCGUGGAAGGAAUUCAAAGACAUAUUCUGCAGCAGGUGUGUAGCCACUGCUGAUGUCUUUUUUCAACCAGGCCUACAGCACCGCGAGGAAGUUGCACGUGCGUUGGCCCAGAAGAACGGGUGGUUUUUUCCAGAAGGGCAACGUCCAGGGUUGGAUUUGGUUCUCAGUCCUGCAGAGUUUCGUCGUGCCAAUCAGUAUCGGAGCCGGGCUACGCAGAGGGGCUUCGGUGAACAAGACUUCUUCUGCUUCGAUGUGGCGCAGGAAGUGGGCUAUGGACCCAUCUCCACUCUUGGGCCAUGCUUAACCUCCCACAACAAAAUCAUUAAUGGACAGACGGGAGAGAUGCUGACUGGCUUGGACCACUUGCUGCUGAUGGGUGCCCUGCUUGCAGCAGUCUUGCAAGUGAGCCUUCCAGCUAGCCUUCGUCCCAUGUCCCAUGAGUCUUGUCCCAUUCCUUCAGCCACGUGCCUAGGCGAGAGCACGUUCCCGCACGUCGUCACGAAGUACAAGUGCCCUUUUGCAGAGUUCGCGUGGCAGCAGCGAGCCCAGUGUGGCCAGUGGAAGGAUUUGGCUGGCAAUGCCAUGCACCAGCAAUUGCUCACCGCAGUGAUGCUGUACUUUCUUUCCAGUGUCGUUCGUGUGCCAGGCGGAGAGUUCAGGUGUGAUGGGUUCCAAUUCCAUCGCGGCUUCACCUCGGACGUGCUGGAAGAUUCGCAGGAGCAGCCAGAUGCAGCAGAACGUGCAGAUCCGCGCCAGGAUGAGGACUUGGAGAACAGUUCGUAUAAGUGCCCUGAGUCUGGCUGCCUAUCGAGUGCACAGCAGCCGGCCCAGCCGGCUGAGUCGGCUGAGGAUGCAGGAGCGAAGAAGAGAUUGCGGUUGAGCAGGUGA